GUCGAGCUUGAAAAGUUAAUCUGUGACUAUAAUAGCUACACCUCAUCCUUUGCGAACAAAACAAAGAUACUCAGCCUUGGUAGAAGCAAGAUCUCUCAAACGGAUCUUGUUAUUUCUCACAGUGUUUUUGAUCGGUGAAUCUGCUGUUUCAGGUAUGUCUUGCGGUUCGGGAAUCAUUCCAGAUGAAUUAAUGUUUAAUGAGUUCAAAAGACAAUGCUUGUCCACGGAGAAUUGGCUCAGUAAGUAUGAUAAAAAUGACAUGGAGGUUUGGGUCGAGGUGGCCCCUUUAUCUACUUCUACAAGCAACAAAGGGAACUUCUCCAAAGUGCACAAAAUCAAGUGUAGGAUGAACAUAAAGGAUGUAUCGGCUGCCAGCAUGUAUGACGUGCUUCAUGACGGCAUGUACCGGAAGACGUGGGACCCUACAAUGCUUGAGAGUUUUGACAUUGCUCGUCUGGCUCCUAAUGCUGAUGUGGGCUACUAUUCAUGGAUCUGCCCGAAGCCAUUGAAGAACAGAGAUGUGGUGACCCUGCGCUCAUGGCAGGCAUCUGAAAAUGAAUAUGUGAUCAUUAACUUCUCAGUGAAACAUCCGAAAUUUCCCCCACGGAAGGAUCUGGUAAGGGCCGUUUCCCUUCUGACGGGUUACCUGAUCCAACCAACGGGGCCCAACAGCUGCAUUUUCACGUACCUCUCACAAGCUGAUCCCAGAGGGUCUCUUCCGAAGUGGGUUGUCAACAAAGCAUCUCAGGUGCUGGCUCCAAAAGUCUUAAGAAGCGUCCAUAAAGCCGGUCAGCACUACCCUGCGUGGAAAGCAGCAAAUUCUCCAGAUCAUAAGCCGUGGCUGUAUCCCAUACAGAGUGAACUGCCCAUGAUGGAUCCAGCAGAGCUGUCCAUCCAGCGCGGAGACUCACUCGAGAACGUGGAUGAGAGCUCAACCAGGGAUGCUCAAGAGAAUGAGGACAGCAGCUAAAACAUCCAAACGGACAGUUUUUAACUGGGUCAGUCCAGUUACCUCUCACCCCACUUAUAGCUUACUGAUAGCAACAUUCCUCCUUUCCGCUCACAAGUGUUUACAAUCACUGGUGCACAGAUCUGCACAUUCCAUUACCCAUGUCUGAGUUUCUUUCGGCAUUGUAUGUGCGAACAAAAGAAAAUACUUUGCGGUUCUGCUUCUUAAUUUAAUUUAAAAACCCUUUUGAAGGUGGUUCAUUAUCUUAAAUGAGACCUUUUUUUUGCAUCUUUAAUUUAUUACUAAAUGAUUUUGGUAAGGCUACAUGCUAUUGAAUAGGUUUUUUUUGUAUUUCUUUAUAAAUAUAGUUAAACAUGUGUAAUCUUUGUUUUAAGUCACCACGGUAGGGGAGAGAUUCCUCUCAAUGUCAUCCUUUUGUGUCUGUGUAUUUAUAUCUGUGUGCCUUUUCAAAGGGGUGUGUCUGUAAUGGUAUGAGUGAAAAUGAUUGACACCAAGUAACCAUGGGAGAAAACCUGCGUUGAAAGGCCCUGUAAUAUGACCAAAGCAGUCCAAGACACAAUGUGGUAUUACCUCAAGGUUUAUUACUUGAAGUGGUAUUAGUUCAUUUGCCUGUAACAGGCAGAAGAAAACAGAAGGCAGAGGAAUGUAAUGAGAGCUUUUCUGUACUUCUGUUAUGUAUGUGCCCUUGAACAUGAAAGAAAAUGACAUUAGCAAUAACAUGAUACCAGUGGAUCAAAGUUACUCAUAUUUUUGGUUUUCUUUCUGAGGGAGGAUGGAUAUGUAAAUUUGUGUUUGAUAACUUGAAUUUGAUGUAUAUGAAGUCCUAACUCAAUGAAGGGUAAUAUGGUUUUAUACUUUUAAAAUUGUAAAUAAAUUGUUCAAAAUGC